AUGGGCUUCCUGAAAGUCCAUGGGCUUCCCUUGAACCAUCUCAAACCUCAUGGAUCUGUGUACGGCAUGACCGCUCGUGAUAUGGCAUUGGCUCGUGCCGUCGUCGGCGUAGCCAAGACAUUCGAGGUUCCCUUCAUGGGUCUGGCAGGAACCUGCCAUCAAACAGCUGCUGUAGAGCUCGGCGUUCCAUUCAUCGCUGAAUGGUUUGCGGACUUAGAGUAUAGUCCGGAGGGACAGUUGCUCAUUACGAAGAAGCAUGACCCUGUUCCAUUGGACGCAGUGCGUGAUCGGGUACGCAAUAUACUGUCAGAAGGCCUGGUCACAACGUCGUCCGGGCUUGUGCCCCUGGGAAAGGGCAUCUUGGACGUCUCCAUAUGCUGUCAUUCGGACACACCAGGUGCCGUUGAAAUCGCGAAGACAGUGAAAGCGAUGGUAGAUGAUAGCAACGCAAGGCUAAAUGGAUAA